AUGAGUGUCCCCUCUGACUCCCCUGCAUUCGAGGAGGUCCCUGGCUCUUGGAGUGAGACUGAGGAGUAUGUCCUCGCCCUUGGUGGCUAUGAUCAGGAGAAGGGUCCGUCCUCCUCUCCCACGGGAUCGGCUCCACCGAUUCCUCCUGCAGCCCGAGAAGGGGGGCCAGAGGCCACCCCAGCUGCAGGUGUCGAGAGCG